CUUUAUUCAACAAAAACUAAGCAUAACAAUGAAGAAAAUAAGAAUUUGGAAAAAUAAUGGGGAAAUAAAGGCACAGUACUGUGCAAUGCUUCCUUCUGCAUAUUCAGGACUGCCUAGUUUAGUUAUUGCUUCCGUAGUCCAAAGUCUAUAAGGCAGUUUAUUAAGCAAGACACUCUGUUUUUAAGACUAUAAAAUAACAUGAAUUCAGUUGAUUCGGUUUAGCAACUGACAGCAAAAUAAUGUUGAUUUUUAUAGCAUGUGUAAUGCUCAAUGUGUGGACUAUACCAGCAGAUUAUUUUUCACCAAGCAUAAACAUUGUUGAAGAACUAGGGAAAAUAACCAUAAUGGAAAAAAGGAUGAAAACUAUAGAGAAGGAAAUGGAACGACUAAAAACAGAGAAUGAAGCUUCUAAAGUGGCUUUCUUAGCCUCUCUGUUGACCUCUUUUGGAUCACAUAACAUUGGACCCUUUCAUAAUGGUUUACACACCCUGAUUUACAAGCAUGUCUUCCUCAACACUGGAAACGCCUAUGAUCCAAACACAGGAAUCUAUACAGCACCUGUGAAGGGAGGGUAUGCUUUCAGGGUCUUCUCCAAGGCCUCUGGAGACAAAAACAGAGCCGGAACUGCAGGCCUGUUUAAAAAUGACCAGCAUAUAAUUUCUACAUACGCACAUCAAACAAGUGGUUUUAUCAGCUCUUCAAAUGGAGUCUCUCUGCUGCUGGAAAAAGGGGAUAAAGUGAAGGUAAAUCUCUAUCCCGGAAAAUGGAUUUUCGACAAUGGAGAACACCAUCACACCACAUUCAGUGGACAUCUGCUGUUCCCCAUGUGAACCUGCAGACCGUUUACUCACCCAGAAUAGCUUUUUACAUGUACAACCCUUAA